UUAUAAAUGAAGCUAUUAAAAAUUAUGAAUCUGUAACAAUAACUAAUGUAGUUAAAGAAUAUACAAAAAAUGAGCUUGGAUUAGAUGAUAGUGUGGAAUAUCUAAGGCAAAGAGAGACAAAUAGACAAACUUCAAUAUCAUGGUUAGCUCAUAUUGAUGGAUUUGACCCACAAAACAAAUAA